AUGGUGGUCGCAACCGUCACAGGGUCAUCCCGGGGAAUCGGAAGAGCGAUAGCGCUGCAGCUGGCGGACGAUGGCAUGGAUAUUGCCUUGAAUGAUGUCCAGGCUCAGCUCUCAGAGCUCCAAGCUGUCAAAGCCGAGAUUGAGAAAAAGGGACGCAAGGCUGCCACCUUUGUCGCCGAUGUCAGCAACGAGGAACAGGUCGAGAAGAUGAUUGUCGACAUUGUCGCCGAGUUCGGGGAACUGAAUGUCAUGGUCGCGAAUGCCGGCAUUUUCAUCCCCAAGUCCAUCUUGGAAGUCAGCGUCGCAGAAUGGGACAGGAUCAUGGCCAUCAAUGUGAGGGGAGUAUACCUGUGCUAUCGUGAAGCCGGUAAGAGACACUCAUCGUCUGAAGCCUUGUUUAGAGUGGCCAGCAUCUCACAAUAUCCAGCCAAGCAGAUGAUCAAACAAGGAAAAGGCGGCAAGAUGGUGGCGGCUUGUUCAACUGCAGGAUACCGUCCGUCCGCAAGCCACAGUGCUGCGUACACAACGAGCAAGUGGGCCGUUCGUGGACUCACGCAGACGGCCGCCGUGGAGUUUGCCAAAUAUGAUAUCAACGUGAACGCAUACUGUCCGGGACCCGUCGACACCGAUAUGUGGAAAAUCAUCGAUGCCGACAUCGCGGCGCGCGAAGGCCUCGAGAAGGGCGUGGCGUUCAAGAGAUCUGUCGAGGCACGAGCAGCGCUCAAGCGCGCACAGGACCCCGAGGACCUCGCGAACCUGGUCAGUUUCCUAGUCAGUUCCAAGGCGAGGAACAUCACUGGGCAGAGCGUCCUGUGCGACGGUGGUGAGAUACAUCCAUCCCCCUUCCCUCACGCCCACUCCUUGAGUGUGACCGCGCCCAGAUGUGUGAUCGGGCAGAGCUGA